UAUUGGCAUUAGGUAUGGUGUGGUCAACAUUAAUAAAUGCAUGGAGCUCAUACAAUGUUACACAUAUGGAUGUAUAAGCAAAUCUGAAGUUGAGUGCCAGGCUGAACAGUAAAUCUUUAUUUCAUGUAGCGCCUUUUAUAUCACAUAAUUAUUAGCGAAAAUAAUGCACUGAAAGGUAAUGAGAGCCGUUCUUUUAAAUCAACCGGUUGUAAAAAAUCAUGAUGGCCAGCUUCUGUGGCAGCACAGAAGCUUGCGGUAAACUCGUCUGCCAAGUAGGCUGCCUGGCCGCCUCGGAGAAGCAGGGAGGCAGGCAGUGGGACUCUCGGGCUCCCUUUUAAAUGAAAGCUCCAGUGAGCGCGCAUGCACCAGCAACUUGAAUGUUAAACUGGGCGCACUGUAGCACGGAGACUCGCUGACUGCUGCCGUUGAGAAAGCUCGCUUCCGAAGAAGCUAAUAAUAGAAUAUAUAUAUAUAUAUAUAAAAAAAACAGGAUUUCAUAUUUUGGAGGCUUCGAUAAAAACAACGAAAAUGCGCGGAUGUAAGAAGAAGCGCAUCCCGAUGAGGAAACGCAGGGCUUUCUAGAAGCGAUGGUUGCAAAUCGGCAAACUUUAGGCGACGCCGAUUUUAUGUGUGGCGGAGACGGAGGUUCGAGGUGCUGAUAACCACCGACACCUGCCCUUCGGAGUCUUCCGAUUCCGCCGAGGGACAUUCGGGAAAGGCGAGGAUACUCCCAAAAAUACUGAACUGCAUCCAAAGUUAGAGAUACGAUUUUGAGGAGCGCUCUUUAUUUUAUUAGUAUUUAUUUUUGACGAACAGAUUAAGAGCAGAUUUAUUUUUCUCGAAUGUAAAGAGAGUGGAUGCGUUUGGUUUUUUUUUUUGCUUCCUCGAAGCCACCGGCUGCACCAUUUCUUUCUUAUGUGGAACCUGGAAGGAGCUGCCUUGCACGGUUUAAAACACCUGCUGCAUAUGGUCGGGUGCUAAUCGGGAUUUGUGCUAAGCAACCCGCACCGGGAAGAAUGAGGAACUCGGUGAGAGCACAAGCCAUGGGAACUUACCGAUGCAUGUCUGGCAAGUCCGUUUGACAUCGCGACAAAAAAAAAUCUGAAUUCUGCACAGGACUACGCAUAAGGGCAUAAACAACAUCUCCUGGAUGCGGUGCCAUCUUACAGGAAUUCGCUCAUUUGUGUGAAUGAAAGUUUUGCCGUGAACAAAAAGGAACAUGUUGCGCCUCCGCACAUUGCACUUUGUUGUCGGUCUUCUUUGUGGAGUUGGAGAAAGUAGAGGAUUACUGGAAGCAAUGACAAGGAUAUCCAGCAUGCCAACAUAUCUACCUGUCAAAUAUCAAAUCCUCAAUGCUGAGUCUGCCUUCUUCCUCAAGGAAGCCAAUCAAGAUAUCAUGAGGAACUCCACGUUACAAUCCCGCUCGGAGUCCUUCUUCAUCUACCAAGCCAGGCAAAUGCCUUCUGUCAAUGCCAGCUAUGGCUCCGUGUCCGUGGAGCAGUCCGUUCCCUUGGACCUGCUACAAAGUCCCAGUAGCUUUGUCCCCUCCAGCAUGUUCACCUUCAAUUGGAAAGUGCAGACGUACAUCAUCAGCGAUAAGGUUUACUACAGCUGGCCUAAGGUACAAGUCUUGUUUUAUAUUGCCGGGAGGGACUGGGAUGACUACAGCACUAUAAACAAACUGCCCUGUGUCAAAAUGUUUGCCUUCCGAGAGACGCAGGAAGUGCGGGGCACCUGCCGGCUCAAGGGUGACCUGGGGUUGUGCGUGGCGGAGCUGGAGCCGCUCUCUAGCUGGUUUGACCCACCAAGUGUGGUUCCUGGUCGGCAGAAAGGUUUGGAUCAGUCGGAAGGGGCGGCCGUGGAGCUUUAUUACGUGAUCCAGUCGUCCGAGAAGGGGGACUGCAGCAGCGAAGACUCGAGGAAGGGGAAUUCGAUCCGCUCGGAGCAGGAUGACAUGUUUGACGGCUCCACCACAUCGCCCAUGCAGAGGAUUGGGAGUGUGCGGCUCUACCAGGCUCCGAGCUCUCCGCAGAUGACGGAGCUGCGGCUGGACAGCAACGUCAUGAUUAAGGUUCCGUCGAAGCCUGUCAAGCAAAGCGAUAUCGUUAUGGCCCGCGUGUUUGUAGCCAGCGCCUCCAAAGUGGAGAUGUUUACACUGAGGGUGAAAUUAAGGAAAGGAGUGAAUUUCCUGGGAGCAAGAUCCGUCGCUCCGCGGCUCUGGGCGGUCCGUCAGGAGACUGGGAACGAUGGCAGGCGCACCACCAUCGUGGUGUUCUGUCAGAAGAAAGCCGUCGCCUUGGAUUACAGGGCCGAUGCCUCGCUGACGGAGAUUGUGCAGAUGGAUUUUGAAGUGGACGCCUUUGCCGACUUCUUGGGGACCAAGUCUAUCCAGUGGCAGGCAGAGUACCCGAGCACCGGGACCCUGAGCGAAGAGGCGGAGACGGAGAUUCACGUUGUGCAGAAAGAUCUGGGGAGCAUCGUCCCGCUGGCCAUGGACACUGAGAUCCUGAACACAGCAGUCUUGACGGGGAAGACGGUGGCGGUCCCAGUGAAGGUGGUCAACGUUGGCCAGAGUGGCGCCGUGACAGACGUGUCUGACUUUGUGGAGUGCCAGUCAACGGAUGAGGAUGUAGUGAAGGUGUCCGACAGGUGCGACUACAUCUUCGUAAAUGGUAAGGAGAUGAAGGGCAAACUAAAAAUUGCUGUGAACUUCACCUACGAGUAUCUGAAUGCCCAGCUGGAAAUGACUGUCUGGAUUCCUCGGCUCCCCCUCCAGAUCGAAGUGUCCGAUGCCGAGCUCAACCAGAUCAAGGGCUGGAGGGUCCCGAUCACCUCUAGUAAAAGGUCAGCACGAGACAGUGAUGAUGAUGAUGAUGAUGAUCGCAGAGCCAGGGGCUGCACGUUGCAAUACCAGCAUGCCAUGGUGCGAGUUCUGACUCACUUUGUCGCAGAGCCCUUGGGACCCGGAGGUCAGCUGGUGUACAUGUUGGGCACCGAUUGGCAGUUUGACAUCACUGACCUGGUGAUGGACUUUCUCAAAGUUGAGGACCCCCACAUUGUGAAACUUGAACAAGGGCGGGUUCUUGUAGGCCUCGACCCCGGCAUGACCACCAUACAGGUGCUCUCCCCACUUUCCGACUCCAUCUUGGCUGAGAAGACGGUGACCGUCCUGGAGGACAAAGUAAGCGUCACAGACGUGGCAGUCCAGCUGGUGACCAGCCUCUCGCUCUCCCUGCAGCUGAGUACGGGCAGCAACCGGGCUGUGGUUGCUACAGCAACAACUCAGGAGCUCCUUCACAGUGCCAAGCAGGAGGCCCUCCUCAGCGCUUGGAUCCACUUCAGCGACGGCUCAGCGACCCCUCUCAACGUCUACAAUCCCGACUACUUCACUGUGGCGGCCGUCUCUGUGGACGAAGACGUGGUCUCAGUCCAGCAAGACGCCACGCACAAGUGGCCAGUGGUGGUGGCCGAGGGAGAAGGUCAGGGGCCGCUGGUGAAAAUGGAGCUAGUCAUCUGUGAGGCCUGCCAGAAGUCCAAGCGGAAGAGCAUCCUGGCCUCGGGGAGCGGGAACGUCAGGGUCAAGUUCGGGCAGAACGAUGCCAGCCCCAAAGGGGCGGCCAGUGACUACGGCGUGGACGGGGAGGACCUAGACAAUCACGCCAGCGACCGGAGACACAAGCCGGUGGAGCAGGACCGCACGGGGCUGGACGUGCACUACUACGGCAGCUCCAUCUCCGACCUGGAGGACGGCAUCCUCAGGAGGAUCAGCACCACUGUCAAGUCAGCCAUCACCCGCAAGUCCGAAGGGGACAAGCUGGCCGACGAGGGCAACCAGCUGCAUCGCAUUCCCAUCGAUUUCUCCAACUUCCCCGCCCAGGUGGACCUUCCUCGGAACAACAGGGACAUGGAGGAUAACGACCCACUGCACGCACGAGGCCUGAGUGAUCUGGAGAUCGGGAUGUACGCCCUGCUGGGGGUCUUCUGCCUGGCCAUUUUAGUGUUCCUCAUCAACUGCGUCUCGUACGCCUUGAAGUACCGACACAAGCAGCUGCCGCUGGAAGGCCAGGAGACCCUGAACCACUCCCACGACUGGGUGUGGCUUGGCAAUGAGGCGGAGCUUCUAGAGAACCACAUGGGGGCGCUAGGCGGGCAGCAGGAGGAGCACACGACCAUCAUCGACGGUGAGGAAGGCAGCCAUCUCCUAAACGGGGGAUCCACUUCCAAAAACGUUCAGAGCCAAGUGCAUCGCUCGGCCGACUCCGGGGUCUCCCUCAACGGGAAAGAACCAAAGAGCGAGCCCCUGCACUCGCCCACGUCGAAAAGGAAGCGCGUCAAGUUCACGACCUUCACCACCAUCCCCUCCGACGACGGCUGUCCCUCCGUCAAGCCCCUUGGCUUGGGCAGCCACGAUGACAUUAAGUGGGUGUGCCAGGAUAUGGAGCUGGGUGACCCUCGGGACCUCCGGCACUACAUGGAGAGGCUGGGUGACAGUUCACUGCACGAGGCGCCGUAGGCUUUGCUUUCAUUGGAUUAUGGUGGGGGGGUUGUUUUUUUUUUUUUUUUUGGUUUGCUUUGGGGGUCUUUUUUUUUGGAUGGAUUUUAAAACGUCACCCUUAUGCCUUCAGGUAGGGGAGGUGGGUCUGGCUACCCAAAGAUUGAUGGCGGGCAGUGCCAGUCCAAGCCUGGUAACCAAACCGGAGAACUGACGGACGGAGACUUGAAAGAAGGAAAAGUGCGCAUCCGGGAGCGACAACCGAGUUCUUCAUUUUUUAAAGCUCUCUUAUUCUUUUUAUUGUAUUUUUUAUUAAAUGUAAUGAAACAAAUCAUACAA